ACAGACGGACUGACCGACCGACGCGGGCCACCGGGCUCUCCUCGCCGCCGCCGCGGCGGGCGCGGGGCCGCGCCGCGAGGCCUGAUCCCUGCAGCGCGGGCGGGCGGCGUCGCAGAGCGGAGCGAGCCAGGCGCGCCCGGACUCCUGCAGGUGACAGUGAUUUUCUGGCAAUUGCUUUGGCCUGUACAACCAGAGAACAGGAGUCUCCUCUUCUUUUUGGCCACUAGAUGCCUAUGUGCACCACACGGUCCAGUGAGGGGAGAAGGGUGGAGCUUCUUGGAUGAUGAUGGACGUCCCACUGGGCAGGAUGAAGGCAGAGCGUGCGUCAUCACCACCUCAAGGGUGCAGCGUGAUCGUCCUCCACUCCCUUCCCAGCCAGCACUCUGCCUCCUGGAUCCACCAUGGUGUUUGGUGAGUUUUUCCAUCGCCCUGGACAAGACGAGGAACUUGUUAACUUGAACGUGGGGGGCUUUAAGCAGUCUGUCGACCAAAGCACCCUCCUGCGGUUUCCUCACACGAGACUGGGCAAGUUGCUCACCUGCCACUCGGAAGAGGCCAUUCUGGAGCUGUGUGACGAUUACAGCGUGGCCGACAAGGAGUACUACUUUGAUCGGAACCCCUCCUUGUUCAGAUAUGUUUUGAAUUUUUAUUACACGGGGAAGCUGCACGUCAUGGAGGAGCUGUGCGUGUUCUCGUUCUGCCAGGAGAUUGAGUACUGGGGCAUCAACGAGCUCUUCAUUGAUUCCUGCUGCAGCAACCGCUACCAGGAACGCAAGGAGGAGAACCAAGAGAAGGACUGGGACCAGAGAAGCCAUGAGGUGAGCACCGACUCCUCCUUCGAAGAGUCGUCUCUGUUUGAGAAAGAGCUGGAGAAGUUCGAUAAGCUGCGGUUCGGUCAGCUCCGGAAGAACAUUUGGAUCAGGAUGGAAAACCCUGCGUACUGCCUGUCUGCUAAGCUAAUCGCCAUCUCCUCCCUGAGCGUGGUGCUGGCCUCCAUCGUGGCCAUGUGUGUCCACAGCAUGUCAGAGUUCCAGAAUGAGGAUGGAGAGGUGGACGACCCCGUGCUGGAAGGUGUGGAGAUCGCGUGCAUCGCUUGGUUCACCGGGGAGCUUGCCAUCCGGCUGGUUGCUGCUCCCUGUCAAAAGAAAUUCUGGAAAAACCCUCUGAACAUAAUCGACUUCAUCUCCAUCAUUCCGUUCUAUGCCACGUUGGCGGUAGACACCAAGGAAGAUGAGAGCGAGGACAUUGAAAACAUGGGCAAGGUGGUCCAGAUCCUCCGGCUGAUGAGGAUUUUCCGAAUUCUAAAGCUUGCUCGGCACUCAGUAGGACUUCGGUCUCUGGGUGCCACCCUGAGACACAGCUACCAUGAAGUUGGACUGCUGCUUCUCUUCCUGUCUGUAGGCAUUUCCAUCUUCUCUGUGCUUAUCUACUCCGUGGAGAAAGAUGACCACACUUCCAGCCUCAGCAGCAUCCCCAUCUGCUGGUGGUGGGCCACCAUCAGCAUGACGACCGUGGGCUAUGGAGACACGCACCCAGUCACCUUGGCCGGGAAGCUUAUUGCCAGCACGUGCAUCAUCUGCGGCAUCUUGGUGGUGGCCCUGCCGAUCACCAUCAUCUUCAACAAGUUUUCCAAGUACUACCAGAAGCAAAAGGACAUUGACGUGGACCAGGGCAGUGAGGACCCACCAGAGAAGUGUCACGAGCUACCUUACUUUAACAUUAGGGAUAUUUAUGCACAGCGGGUACACGCCUUCAUUGCCAGUCUGUCUUCUGUAGGCAUUGUGGUGAGCGACCCUGACUCCACAGAUGCUUCAAGCAUUGACGACGAGGAUGUUCAACACGCCACAUCCUUGGAGAACUGCACAGCGAAAUGAGCAGGGAUGGUUGUGCCUGUAUCUUGUGUCCCUUCCUGACAUUAGGUUAACACAGCUUUAUAAACCUCAAUGGGUUCGUUAAAAUCAUUUAAUUCUCAGGGUGUAUCUUUCAGCCAUAGUUGGACACUCAUUGCUGGAUUCUGAAAUGAGAGAAUUGUCUUUAUUUUUCUCAGCGAGAUCAAUUAAAUACUUUGUUCUGAAAUUUAUUUUUUACAAGAAGAGAGUUGUGAUAUGGUUUUGGAAUAAAAGGUAAAUGGUAUGGGGUGGGAUUUGUUGCUACAGCUUAUGCAUCAUUCUAUGUUUGUCAUUUACUCACAUUGAGCUAACUGUAAAUUACUGACAAGUAGAAUCAAAGGUCCAGCUGACUGAAGACUACAUGCAUGUAAGAUCCACAAAAUGAGACAAUGCAUGUAAAUCCAUGUUCACGUUCCAGACAUGGAAAUUAGGAGCCUAAUAAACUUCCUAAUUCAGUAUGGAGAA